UUUAAAACCGAAGCAUUUUGAAACAUUUCUCAUCCUUCAGAUGUUCCGUCAAAUUGAGUUACAAAUAUAAAAAUAUGCAGACUUUACAUGCAUUUUAUUUUGACAUUUUACAUUUCUUUUACCCAGAGCAACGUAACAGUUUUUUAAUAAAAAUGCUUUUGGUUUAUGCACCUGUAGAUAUUCCUGUAUGCGCGGGUUGUAACCAGCACAUAGUGGAUCGGUUCAUCCUGAAGGUUCUGGAUCGACAGUGGCACAGUAAAUGUUUGAAGUGCAGCGACUGUCAGUCACAGCUGUCAGAUAAAUGCUUCAGUCGAGGAGACAGUGUCUACUGCAAAGAUGACUUCUUCAAGAGAUUUGGGACAAAGUGUGCCGCGUGUCAACAGGGUAUCCCACCCACCCAGGUGGUCCGGAGAGCGCAGGACUUUGUUUAUCACCUGCACUGUUUCGCGUGUAUCGUGUGUAAGAGACAGCUGGCCACAGGUGAUGAGUAUUACCUGAUGGAGGACAGUCGACUCGUGUGUAAGGCCGAUUACGAGACUGCAAAACAAAGAGAGGCUGAUUCGACGGCGAAACGGCCCCGCACGACAAUCACCGCCAAACAGUUAGAAACUCUGAAGAACGCGUAUAAUAACUCACCGAAACCCGCGCGACACGUGCGCGAGCAGCUGUCGUCAGAGACCGGCCUCGACAUGCGCGUGGUGCAGGUCUGGUUUCAAAACAGAAGAGCAAAAGAGAAGCGUUUAAAAAAAGAUGCAGGUCGCCAGAGAUGGGGUCAGUAUUUCAGGAACAUGAAGAGGUCACGUGGAGGUUCAAAAUCUGAUAAAGACAGCACUCAGGAGGAUGGGAUGGACAGUGAUGCAGAAGUGUCCUUUACAGAUGAGCCGCCCAUGUCCGAGCUCAGUCACUCCAACGGUCUUUACAGCAGUCUAAGUGAGAGUUCUCCCGCUGUGAGCCGUCAAGGUGGAGGUCGCGCUCAGUUUCCAUUGGAACACAGCGGUAUGCUUCCCUCUCAGGAUCAGUACCAUGACAUUCAAUCCAACAGUCCAUACAGCCUGCCUCAGUCUCCGGGUCCACUGCAAGCUCAUCCCAGACACCAGCCGCUCAUCUCCAGCCUGGUCUACCCUGAAUCAGGCCUACCUAUGGUGGGACAGAGCGGAGGACAGAACGUGACUCCGGGAGUUCGGAUGAUGAGCAGCGGAAAUGGUCCAAGCUCAGAUUUGUCCACGGGAAGCAGCGGUGGGUAUCCAGACUUCCCGGCCAGCCCGGCAUCCUGGUUGGAUGAAGUCGACCAUGGCCAGUUUUGAAGGCGGACGUUUGGAAAGAGCACGAGAGCAGAUGAACGAGGAUUAUACGGAGGAUGAUUUUUCCUCUUUUAUUCUGUCCGGUGAUCGUUUUGCAUCAUUGGCAUGGGAUGGACAGCAGAGUAGACAUAUGGAAAUCGGUUACUGAUGGACCUUGAGAGUUUAGUUGAAAUGUCUCAUCUUUUGACUUGGUUUUGGUUCUACAAGGACAAAACAUUAAGAUGAGCUUACAACUCUUCACAAGCGUACGCCUUAUGGCAGCAGCUAUCCUACGCUCUUAUAAUUUGACAAAUUCAACCCUGUCCAGUUACAGUAUAUCAAGAAAGAAGAUGCUUGACAGAUGACUGUACCACCAAACAUCACUUAUCAUUGCUGUUAUUGAUGUUUAAUGUGAUAUCAACGGUGAAAGUGUCUGAUCGUUGCCAAAUGUCUAUAAACAGUGCGUUAUAUAUCAUUUUAUCAAUGUAUUGUAUUUAUUUUUAUAUGACCACCUUGGGAAACACAGAUAUGUAAGGACUUUGUAUGCGUCACAACAGGUUUAGAGAAGAUGUAGUUGUCGUUUCUCUAGUACUUCUAUGCAUUUGUGUGUUUUCAGAUGUACCUUGUGCAUUUCAUUCUGUCCUGGAAACAUCUGACCGAAAGGUGCCGUGUGGCUCCUGUAUGUGUUUGUUUAAAUGUUUUAUGUCUUAUUUAUUCUCUAUGAUGA